ACAGCUCGUCUGAACUGGAGGGUCCCACUCCUCAUCAGGCGAUAAGAACAAAGAGAUGGCCGAGCGGAUCCUCGGUUUAUGAAACACAACAAAGGUGAAUGUAACACGGUGUGUGUGUGUGUGUGUGUGUGUGGUGCUGGAGGAAGGGUCCCCCGGCUGCAGCCUCCUCUUCCUCUUCCCUCAGCCAUGCCGCUUCUGCUCCGCACGCUGCUGUUCGGCUUCCUCACGCUGCUGGUGGUGGUCCUGAUCAUUGAUGAUAUUGCAGAAGUGGAGGAAGAAACUGCGAAUGCUGGACAUUCAAAGAAGACAAACUUGCAGAGGCUUGUGCCUAAACCACACACAAGAAAGACUCCAGUACACGUGGAUCCAACCACUCUGACAAGAUUGAGCACAGAAACAAAUCAUCAUCGUCCGAGCUCCAAUAACACCGCCAAGCUCUCGUCAAACAACUGGACCUUCAACAAGACGCUCUCCAACCUCAUCAGGAAGAACAUCCUGAGAUUCCUCGAUCCAGAGAGAGACAUCUCCAUUCUGAAGGGCACUCUGAAACCUGGAGACAUCAUCCACUAUGUCUUCGACCGCCACAGCACCACCAACAUCUCAGAGAACCUCUACCGACUUUUGCCGACUGUUUCCCCGAUGAAGAACCAGCAUCACAGGCGCUGCGCCAUCGUGGGGAAUUCUGGGAUCCUGCUGAACAGCAGCUGCGGACACGAGAUCGACUCUCAUGACUUCGUGAUCAGGUUGUGUAACCUGGCACCAGUGGAGGAAUUUUCUUGGGACGUGGGGAGGCGGACCAACCUGGUGACCAUGAACCCAUCAGUCGUGCAGCGGGCCUUCCAGGACCUGGUCAGUGACGAGUGGAGGGAUCGCUUCUUGCAGCGGCUUCAAAGCCUCAGCGGCAGUGUGCUGUGGAUCCCGGCAUUCAUGGCCAAGGGGGGAGAGGAGCGCGUGGAGUGGGCGCUCCGUCUCAUCCUGCUGCACACUGUGGACGUACGCACCGCCUUCCCAUCACUGCGCCUACUCCACGCUGUCAGAGGGUAUUGGCUAACCAACAACGUCCACAUCAAGCGUCCGACCACCGGCCUCCUCAUGUACACGAUGGCCACUCGCUUCUGUGAGGAGAUCCAUCUCUACGGCUUCUGGCCGUUCGCACUUGACCCGCAGGGCAAACCUGUGAAAUACCACUACUACGACACUCUGAAGUAUGAGUACACGUCCAGAUCCAGUCCUCACUCCAUGCCUCUGGAGUUUAGGACCCUGAACACAUUGCACAGACAGGGGGCGCUCCGGCUCCACACUGGGACCUGCGAGGCUGAGACGAAACCACAGAAAGGGCUUCAGAGCAAAUAGCUGGAUGGGAGAUUGUCAUGGUAACCAUUAUCUCGACUGAGUAGACUUUGUACAAACAGUUUUCUUCUUACUGUAAUUUUAUGAAACUUGAAUAACUUAUUUUCAGUAAUUGGAACAAACUUGUUUUUCUAUUUCAAGCUCUUUAAGUGACUAAUUUCUCUGGUGUGUUUGACCUUUUAAUGAGAUUUCUAUGACAAAAUUUGAAUAAUGUGACCAUUUUUGUCUAGCCCAUAUUAAACUAGGUUCCCAGUGUGGUUAUUAUCUAUGAUUUAAUGAUACAAAACACAUUUGUGUAUUUAAAUUAGUUAUUAGAUGCCAUAAAUGAAUAGUCCCAGUUUAGAUAGGGCUUCAUUAAGAAGUUUGUUGUGUGUGUUUUUAACCAGAACGUGAACAGCAAGUGGAGGUGGUGAAAUGAAUGUUUUGUGUGAGUCUCCGGUUGGGCCACAAGAUGGAAGCACUUAAUCUGAAAGCCAAUGAUGACUUUUAUAAAAGAGUUGAUUAAGUAUUCAAAAUUUAUUUUUCCCUCUGAUCAAGGAAAUUUUACAUCUAUGUUUUUGUAGCUUGAAGCACCUUUUAGGAUGUUCAUAUUAAAACAGUAAAAUCAUAAGCAUAAAUUCAAAUAAUGAAAAUGUUGGGUUACCUUGGGAGCCAGUGAACAGAUAGAGGCAUGUUGGAUUGUGCUCGGCUCCUGUGAGAGUAAAGAAGGAGUGAACCGGCUGUUCACAUAAGUGUAUUUACACAGACUUAGUAAACCCCCUUUGUAAACUUCUUUUUAAGAACACCAGCCCUGUUUCCACACUGACUGUCAGCCUGUAGCUGUGUGGUGGUAGUAACAGUAAAUGAAUGUAGUGGCGAUAUUCUUACACUGUAAGAAAUGAGCCUUGUAAUGUGCUUUAAAUGAAUUCCUGAACAGAGCUGGCGAUGCUCUCAGUGCAAUAACGCUGAGAAGAGUAGGAGCUGAGGAGUUGUUCGUCUUUAUUCAAUUGAAAUGUUGUGUAAUGUGUUUGCUUUAGUAUUCGACCAAUAUAGGUUGAUGCAGAUGCGUGUGGAUUUGAUGACACUGCCAGUAUUUGUGCCUAUAGUAUACUUAAAUCUGACACCUCGAAUUGGACCAAUCACAUGCACAUACAUUUUCGACCGGAGUUUCGUAGUCGUUUUGAAUGUGCUGCUUGCUUCUGAAACCAAGACAUGAAACAAAACUAUAAACAGAAUGUGCAAAAAAGUGUAUUUUAAUGCAGGUCUGUCAACUUGUUUUUAUGUCGUUCUUGCCAGGGAUGAAACUCCAUUUCAACACCAGAUUGGUUUUUCCAAACUAUUUAAUCCUUGUUUGUAUUUUUGUACUUCUAAGCUCCACCUCAGUAAAAGUCUGUCCAGUUUUUAGGGAGUUUUUCAGGAGUCGACUUGACAUUCAGCCAUUUGCCGAAAACUCUUGUGGGGUAUUUUUCUGCAACAGUAAAUAAAAGACAAUUAACCGAAGUAUUUGAAAUAUUCUGAAAGCUCCUGCAGCUAAACAAGUAGCCUCUCAUGCGCUCCCGCCUCAUGUGAUUUCUCCAAAAGUGUUGUUUUGACAGGAUGUGCCUGUUGACAUGGAUGUUGGUCUUAUUACGUUGCCAGUUUAGUUAAGAAUAGACAUCAAAGUGGCACCAGAGACGUCAGCACCGUGAAACAAUGAAGGGUUUAUUUGUGAAGGCUUGUCUGCGCUCGCCAAAAAACAGACACGCUCUGUGACUAACACUAUUAAAUUAAUGAACCCAGAGUCUGGUUUGGAAAACCUUCGACUGACAUUCUGCUCUGAGAAUGUGGGGACUGUGUUGUCUAUAGGCUACUUUUUCUCAUGUAUAUCGUAUGUUGUGCAUCAUCUUUUUCCUGUCCUACAAAACCAAUAUUACCUUUUGCAUGUUUGUCCUGUCUUAAUGCAUACAAUUUAAGUAUAUUUACAUUUUUGGGGUUAUUUUAAAUAUUCUGAAUGUCUCAAGGACGUGUGAAGUGUAUAUUUAUGACAAUGUGAAUGUACUUUUCUGUGGCAGAAAAUACACAAAACAACAGACUGGAAAAAAACAUAACACUUCAAGCCUCUUCUUUAAAACACUUGAAAGGAAGUGGGUUUUAUUUCAGCAGUGUUUCAAAGAGAUGGAAACUGAGGAAAUAACUGCGGCGUACGCGACCAGGCAGGGGCUUUAUUUUCAAUAAACUUCCAAAACAGUCUUUUCAACGCCUUUUCAUGUUUUUAGCCUCAAUGUUGGAUUAGAGAAAUGAGCCACAGUCUUCAAAUAGCUACCACAGUGACGCUGAUUCAUUUUACGAGAGGAAUUUUCUGCAACGAAUGAUUCGGUUACAGUAAAAGUCCAGAUUUAGCAUUUUAACAGAAGACGGGUUUUUCCACGAUUUCACACACAACUUGAGAUGGAAGGGGGUAACAGUAUAGGCUGACAUAAUAGGAAUAAUUAAGCAGAGGAACAAAAAUGGAUCUUCAGUUAAACAACAGUGAUAUGAACAGUGACAUAUUCUGAUUGAAAACACAUUUAACAACAAACAGUAAAGGUACAGCGAAGAACAUUUAUAUCAAAAAUAUGCUUGAAGGUUUGUUUAACAUCAUGAGCACAAGGAUAAUACAUGUAUCUGAUUAUCUGUGAAUGUCAACAUGUUUAUAACAGAAGAAAUACACAAUGUUCUUUCUCAAGUAAAGAAAGGGACUGAAAAGGCUCCACAAGGUUGAUGCAGUUCCUUUUUUCUUAUUCAACCAGGGAUGGAGGUCAUUUGAAAACAGCUGCACCUGUAGGCCACUGUGCACUAUCAAAUAACAGUUUGGAUUUAAACAGAAGGUCACCGACAAUGCCCACGCUCACAUGUGCUGCACAGAUCUAAUCUAGGUGCAGUCUGCAGUGUUAGGCCAGUGAGAUUACAUUCAGGGUGCACAGAGGAGACGAAGGUUUGAGGACUUUCAUUUAUUUUGAAUCACUCUAGCAUUUGGUAUUCGAAUAUGACAGCAGCUUCUGUUAUUUCAUCAUUUGUAAGAGUGGCUUCGUACAUAUUUAAAGGUUCAGUGUGUAAGAUUUAGGUGAAAGGUCUCUACUGGCAGAAAUUGAAUAUAAAAUGAUCAUUGUGAUGUUUUCACCGGUGUGUAAUCAUCUAAUGGGCCCGUUGUAUUUAAAUACUAUAUAUUUACAUCUGGAGCUCUACGGAGGCCGCCAUGUUUUUUACUGUAGCCCAAAUUAGACAAACUAAAAGACUUUUGAGUUUUUAUGACAACUGAAGGCUUCUACAGGUUCUUUCAUGUUUGGAAGGGGAGGGUGAGGUGAAGGGUAUCCAGCUGCAACAUGCAACUUCACCACUGUAUGUCACUAAAUUCUACACACUGAACUUUUAAUGGGGAAAAUGUUUGACUUAUUGGUCUG